AUGAUAUGCAUUGAGUGCAGUGCACCAACGGAGACUUUAUAUACAGAAUAUUCGAAUAAAUAUGUUCAGCUGACAGAAUGCAAAAACUGUCACAGUGAGGUUGAUCCCUAUGUUGAAAUAGAUAACGUUUUGCUGUUUAUUGAUCUGCUGUUAUUGAAACCUGGUGCUUAUAGGCACUUGGUUUACAACUCCAUGGUAGUUUCCUUGGAGUCAUUCAAAGAGCAUUAUAAGGAUCAGAGGAGGAGGUUGCCUUAUCACAAGUCGACUCCAAGAUUAAAGGUCUCGAUCAAAAAUAUAUUUAACUGGUUUAAAAAAUAUGACACUAUAAUAAGAUUGUGGGUGUUGUUGGUUGUAUUCGAGGUAUAUUUGACUUGGGUUGAAGAGGAAGAGAUUUAUCACACAAGAGAGCGGGUUCCUUUCAACUCCGUGACACUUCAGCUUCUUAUGAUAUAUGUCAAUAAGUGGAAUGCCCUUCAACAGUACAUGUUUUUUCUUGCUUAUUGUGUCCUUGAUAAUGUUUUAUUUCAUAUGUUUACACUCCGACUGGUCAAAUCCUGGAUGCCUUGGGGAAAGACUACCAAUUACUCAUCUCAAAUUGUAUCAUAUACAAUACUGUUAUCUCAGGGUGUCAAAAUAUUUCCUAUUUUGAUGCUGAUAUGGCCUUAUGACAACAUUAUCUCGAUGUCAAUUAACAAAUGGAUAGCUAACCUAUAUUUAAUUGAAUCAAUGAAAAUAGUUACAAACUCAAGCUAUGGUUCAAUAAUGCAAUUGCUAGUAAUUGUUUUCCUUUUGAGGUUCACAAUUUUGAAUAUCCUUGUACUAGCCUUACUUUCAAUGAUCACAGGAGAUAAUUUAAUCAAUAAUGUACUCGUGGUUCUAUCACAAACCUACUUUGGAUUGAGAACUUUUGUGAGUGAACUUCUGUAA